GCGGGCGCCGGCGCAUUUCAGCACCACCGUGGCGGCGGACAGCAGCCCCUGCGCCGCGACUCCGCUCUACUGCGUUCCCCCUCCCCGCCCGCUUGGCUGGCUCCGGGGGGGUCUGGCGGGACCCGGGGCCCCCUGCGAACGUCGCUCUCCCCCUGGCGCCCACCAGCUCGGGCAGAUCCAUCCCUGGAGGGGAGCGGAGGGCGGACAAGGGCGGCGAGGGGGGCGUCUCCCCAUCUCCUCGCCUGCAGGCUUGGGGGGCGCGAAGGGGGAGAGGGGGGCCCCGCGGCCGCUUCCACGAAGGCAUCCGCAUUUUUCUGGGAAGUUCGUGCUUUCAUCAGCGACACAAUGACGACGGUUCAUAGUUUUGCCAAAGGAUCCAGUGAGCCAUCGCAUUAACUCCUCAGAAGUUUACCACCUGAUUUCAUGAUGACUGAGGGUUUAGAUCAGAGAUUCAGUCGUCUCACCUGGGAACAGAUUAAAAUACUGGAUAAAGUGCUGACCGAGGUGAUCCCCAUUCAUGGAAGAGGGAAUUUUCCGACGCUGGAGGUGAAGCCAAAGGACAUCAUCCACUUGGUCAAGGAGCAGCUGAUCAAGAAGCAAAUCAUUUUCCGAGACAUCCGCCUGAAUGGCUCCACUGCAAGUCAUAUCCUUGUUACCCAAAAUGGGACCAGCUACAAGGACCUGGACAUCAUCUUUGGUGUUGAGCUCCCAAGCGAGCAAGAAUUUCAGGUGGUGAAGGAGGCUGUCUUGAAUUGCCUCCUGGACUUCUUACCAAAAUGCGUCAACAAGGAGAAGAUCACAGCACAGACCAUGAAAGACGCCUACGUGCAAAAGAUGGUGAAAGUGUCCACAGAUCACGAUCGCUGGAGCCUCAUCUCACUGUCCAACAACAGCGGCAAGAACGUCGAGCUGAAAUUCGUCAACUCUCUCCGAAGGCAGUUUGAGUUCAGUGUUGAUUCCUUCCAAAUCAUCCUGGACUCUAUGCUGAACAUUUACAGCAAUGGAGACGGCCAGCUCUCUGAAGACUCCCACCCGUCUGUGAUUGCAGAAAGCAUGUAUGGAGACUUCAAUGCUGCAAUGGACCACUUGAAAUACAAACUGAUCGCUACCAGGAACCCUGAAGAAAUCCGCGGUGGAGGCCUGUUGAAGUAUAGCAACCUUCUGGUUCGGGAUUUCAAGCCCGCCGAUGAGGUGGAGAUCAAAUCUCUGGAACGUUACAUGUGUUCCAGGUUCUUCAUCGAUUUCCCCGACGUCACCGAACAGCAGCAGAAAAUUGAGUCGUACCUGCGGAACCACUUUAUUGGGGAAGAGAAGAGUAAGUAUGACUACCUGAUGACGCUGCGUGGGGUUGUGAACGAGAGCACCGUUUGCCUCAUGGGGCACGAGCGACGGCAGACGCUGAACAUGAUUACGAUCCUAGCGCUCAAAGUGCUGGGAGAACAGAAUAUCAUCCCCAAUGCAGCCAACGUAACGUGCUACUAUCAGCCUGCUCCGUAUAUCAGCGACAGGAACUUCAACAAUUAUUAUAUUGCUCAUGGACAACCACCCGUUAUCUACCAGCCAUACUCCUUUCACAUACGCAUGCAGAGUGGCAUGGUGUAGUCAACCACAGCACCUCCUAGCCUUAGCAUAAGCCCCCCCCCACCCCUCUCCCCUUUGGCCCCCGUUCUUGUUCAAAUAAAGCCGGUGUUAAAGUGAA